GAGGAGGGAGCAGACACAUGAAUACACAGGUCUGUGCACCGGCCUGAACAGUGAUAACAGCAGCAGCUACUGUGAAGAGAGAGAGAGACACACACACACUGGGAAGAAGCUUUAGACUUGUAUUUAUUUAUUUAUCUAUUUAUCUAUUUGUGUUUGUGUGGAGUAUUUAUUAUAUUUCCAUCGAAGAUGAACGGAGUGACAAGAAGUCUGUACACAUUUGAGGACAUCAGAAAUCAAGAACAUGGGGAGGGGUGCAGGCGACUGCGGCUCACACUGCAGAGCAACCAGAACCAGCCAGCUCGGACCACAGAGCAGCACAGGGACAAGCCAAUUGGACGUGCCUUUGCACUGGUGCAGCCAGCCAGCGACAGGACAUACCUAAGCCCUGAACCGGUCAAAUCUAAAGAGGAGCAAGUGGAGGUUAUCAAGGUUUAUUUAGAGGCACGCAAACAAGAGCAGCAGAAACACCAGGAGAGCCUGAAGAUGCUGUCAGAUGAAGUUUCACAGAUACAGGAGGUGAGGUAUUGCCUGAAGACACUAAGGGAGCAGAUGGCAGCCAAAAACAACACGCUCACAAGCGGGUGGAAGGUGAGCAGUCCCUUUAAAAAGAGCACCUCGUCUGCACCCAAGGGAGGAGCCAAAACUGAUGCACAGGAAGCAGAUGAAGAGGCAGAGAGAACCAAGCUGAGGGAAGUCAGUAAGCGCUUAUAUGCACAGCUCCAAGAUGCAGAAAAGAAACACCAAGAGGAGAAAGAGAGACUGCAGGCUGAAGGCAGCAAGCUGAGGGAGCAUCUGAGCACCCAGGAAGAGAAGCUGAAGACCACAGAAGAAGCCAGCGAGAGGAAAGACAAGCGCAUAGAAGAGCUCCAGAGGUUACUGGGAGGGAUGGAGCAUGAGAGCGCCACCCUGCAAGAGGCAAUCCGCAACCGUGAGGAGGAACUCCGUGAACUGCGCAAGAUCAGAGAGGAGGGCCAUAACGGGGACCAGAGGGCUGAGCAGUUGGAGAAGGAGGUGGCUAUUCUCAGAGAAAAGAUCCACCAUCUGGACGACAUGCUGAAAAGCCAGCAAAGGAAAGUCAGGCACAUGAUUGAACAGCUCCAGAACUCACGCAUGGUGAUCCAGGAGAGGGACCGCGUGAUCAAAGAGCUGGAGGAGAAAGUGGCCUUCUUGGAGGCUGAGAACCGAGAGAUGCAUGACCAAAUGGACUACUUCCUGGGAGGACAAAGGUCAUAUUCCCACCUUUCAUCAGAGCGCAACCCCCAGAUCGUUUACAGUAAACCGAUCAAGCCAUCCACCACGUCUAACAAACCUCUCCCUUUCAUCAAAGUCAUCGAGAUCAGGUCAUGAAGCAACACUAGUUGUCGAAAAGGCCUCAGAACCACAAGACUGAAACCAAACCAAAUAUCUGGGAUGUCAGAGCUGAGCAUCCCGGACGGCAACUACAUCAACACUAACGAAUUUCAACCAGAAACACUUAUGAAGGAAACUGUGUGAUGUUUGGCAACAUACACACAUACAUACACACAUUGAUUGGGGCUCACGCUGUGUGUGCGUAAUGAAUGAAUGUGUGUAUGUCAGCUUUAAUGUAGAUAAACUAAGCGUACUGAUUCAGCUGUAUUUGAAGUUUUACAUGUAAUACUGCAUACUGUGUGCAGGUGUUUCCUCGUCCUGACUUGUUUUGAUCGCUUCUUAACCUUUGAGUUUAUGGCAUUUGCGUUGUUGUAUCAAAACAGAACCGUGGAGCAAAGUGCAGCAUAUUUGCCAAACUGGGUUAUGACAUUAUAAAGUCUGUAAACAUGUCAUGUAGCAAGCAUACCUAAGUAAGCUAAAAGUUUAAUGUAAAAAGCAUUAGCCAGAUGAUCUGAAGUUUGCGUCCUUGUACUCACUCAUCCGUGGCUCUGGUCACCGUGCUGAGUGAAUGAUAUAAUGCUUUAACUGUGUAAAUAUUGACUGUGGCCUGUUUCAGGCUUAACACCAUUUGAUGAAAAAGAGCUAUGAAACUGGGAGGAAGCAGAAGGAUAAAUGAUAAUGUCAGUGGUGAAGAUAUUCGACAUCGUCGUUUUUUUUCUACAGAUUUCUUGUAAAGCAUUUCAAUUCCAUGUCAUUGUGUAAACACUUACUUUGUUUUGUACAUAAUAAUAAUUAAUGUGAUUUAAUGUUUUAUUUUCGGGCUAACAACCUUCUUCUUUGUAUUUAUUUAUAUUAAAUAAACCCUCUAGACAGACUGUGGAUAGAAGUACUUUCUGAUUUGUUAUCUGUGCUUGAGGUUCUCUGAAUAAAUUACUGAAAAUGAA